CACUACCACCACCCCAAAUCCCACGAAAGUCCUAGUAUGCGCCGUCAUGCGAUGGCCGCCAUGGGCUUCCAAACCGCAAGCCCCAGACCAACCACCAUCACCAUCCUCCAACAAUAACCCCUCCGCCUCUUCCUCCUCCAACGACAAGAACAUUCUCGACUGGCACGCCUUCACUGAACCCCGUACCCUCCUCGCAACCCUUAUUCUCACGACAGGCAUCCUGAGCGCCCUGCACCUGCACAAGCUCUACCUCCGCCGAAUCCCCACCGCGAUUGACAUUUCGCCGUCCUAUCUCCGUCGCAGAAGUAUCCUCGGCCAGGUGACGAGUGUCGGUGACGGGGAUAACUUCCGCAUAUACCAUACCCCAGGCGGAAGACUCGCGGGCUGGGGUUGGUUGCCUUGGAAGAAGGUGCCCACGUCGAAGAAGGAGUUGAAGGAUAAGACGAUCCAUAUCCGUCUCGCUGGAAUCGAUGCCCCGGAAUUAUCUCAUUUCGGGCGCCCUGCGCAACCUUUUGGGAAGGAAGCGCAUGACUGGUUGACGGAGUAUCUGAUGAAUCGGCGGAUUCGGGCGUACGUGCAUCGGCAAGACCAGUAUCAACGGGUUGUGGCGACGGUGGUGGUGCGACGGGCGCUGGAUUUCCCAAUCCCGUUUCGGAGGCGCGAUGUGUCGUUUGAAAUGCUGAGGAGGGGGUUAGCGACGGUGUAUGAGGCGAAGUUUGGGGCGGAAUUUGGGGGCGCGGCUACGGAAAAGAAGUAUCGGGGCGCAGAGUGGUGGGCGAAGGUUAGGGGGACGGGGUUGUGGAAGGAGUAUCGGAAGAAGAAUGGGGACUGGGAGAGUCCCAGGGAAUAUAAGACCAGGAUGGGGCUGGAGGAUCUGGGAACUAUCAAGGAAGGGGAGGGGAAAAAGUAGAGGUUGCUGGUGGUGGUUUGUUUGGUUGUUGGGUGGGCGUUGUGUGGUUGGGUCUGAUGCUUGAUAGAUAUCCCCGUUAUUAUGAUUUUUCAUGGCAUGAGUGAUGAAU